UCGGAAGCUUCACGAAGCAGUGUCAAGUGUCCAUCACUAUUUCGAGACGAAGAUUAUUUCAACUCGUGUUGUUCUUUAACGUCGUUCAUAACCCUUAGAAAUACACUUUUUUUUUUUUUUUGGCAUACUUCAAACAGUCGAUGCAAGUCUGUCGUAGUGAACGAGGGGCUUUUUGCCACAAACUAUCUCGUUCUAACUGCGUUGAACUUUAGCACAGUUUCUCUUAAAGUAAACGAGUGAGACAGUGACGCCAAGGUUAAACUGGUCGAGUGCAUGUAAAUUACAUUAUUCUAAUAACCCAUAUUAUAAUCCAUAUUUGUGAAGGUGCUUAUUUUCUUUAAAAAAAUGGGCGGUUCGAGAAAAAUGGUAGAGUUUUUCUAUGAUAUUGUUUCUCCGUAUUCUUGGCUGGCAUUUGAAGUGCUGUGUCGCUAUAGAAAUGUUUGGAACAUCGACCUGAAAUUUAAACCAGCAUAUUUAGGGGGAGUCAUGCAUGGCUCAGGCAAUCAGCCUCCUGGAAUCGUCCCAAAUAAGUUCCUUUACAUGACCAAAGAUCUGGAGCGGGUGUCUGGCUAUUUUGGUGUUCCUUUGUAUCCACCUUCGAAUGUUUUUGAAGUAAUGUUUGAGAAAGGCACUUUGAACACCAUGCGUUUUGUGACAGCUGUAACGGAGAAGGAAAAAGAUGGAGAUGUGCUGGUGGAAAGGGUAUCUAGAGAGCUCUGGAAAAGAAUCUGGAGUACUGAUCAGGACGUUACCCAGCCUGCCUCCCUCAUUGAGGCAGGAUUAAAAGCAGGUCUCUCGGCCAAUGAGUUGGAGGAAAUUCUGACCCUCUCCAAAUCUCAGCCAAUCAAAGACAAGCUAAAGAGUGUCACACAAGAAGCACUGGACUAUCAAUGCUUUGGUUUUCCUUCCACUGUGUGUCAUGUGAACGGGAAGGCUGAGCUCUUCUUCGGUUCUGACAGAUUUGAGCUCAUGGCUCAUUGCAUUGGUGAGAAGUGGGUGGGGCCUCACCCUGACAAACCCACAUCCAAAAUGUGAUCACUGCUCUCAUAUACUGCUAAACCCUUAUAAAUGCUUUACAUUCAAAUUGCUCUUACCAUAUUUACAUUGAAUUCAAAAGAGAGGAAAAAACAAACUCUGAAGACAGAAAUAAUAAGAUAGAUGUCUAUGUGGUCGCCGUGAUUUUGACAAAUAAGACAUGUUCCUCAUUACUGUCGGAUCAACAUUACUGUCCAAAAAUGUAGACUUAAUCCAAAACCUAACACUACUCAUAAUUUAUUCCCAAAAUCAGUGGUAUAUGAUAGCUGAUUAACAAGGGUGUAGAAGUACCUAACCCCGAUCAUAAGCCUAGAACAGAUAUUUCCUUAUCUCUAUUCUGAUUGGCUGAUUGGAAUGUCGUUCCAGGAACAUGUUGUAUUUGGUGAAAUCAUGCUCACCAUGUCUAUACACUCUACUGUUCAAAAAUUUCUUCUGCUCACCAAGGCUGCAUUAACUAAAUAAAAUACAGUAAAAAUUA